AUGCCGGCCCCGACGCGCACAGCAGCAGAAGAGGCUGCAUUCAUGAGCGAGCUGCUCUCCGGCUUGGACGACUCCUUCUUCAACUCCUCCUCCCCCCUGGCAUCUCCAGCGCGACACUCUCCUCGUAAACACCCGAAGAAACACCACAAACGCUCCUCUCCUGCACCUCGACCGAGAUCCACGCCUCUCUCCCCGCUCUCCUCCCGCUCCCCGAAGAAGCCGACGCACAAGUUGGAGAACGUGCAGGCUGCGGACGUGGAUCUUGCCGCGCUCACUGCCGGCGCGGAGGACUGGGACUGGGAAGACAUGCUCACCCCGAAGAAAAGCAGGUCACCCCAUAAAUCUCACCGCGACGAAUGUACGCGGUGCGUCGUCGAGUCCAUCGACGAGUUGGAACAAUCAGCUAUCUACUCCACGCACUCUUCGACUACUCAAAGACGGGUUGUUCUCCACGACGAUUGGGCGUGGACAGAGCUGGAGAAAGGGGACGUCGUCAACGUCUUGGGCUCGUUCAAGAGCGAUGCCUCCGGAAUUCUCAGCGUAGACAUAACAUCCAAGAAUAACAUCAUCAUCGCGCAUCCCGAUCUGCUCUUAACAGCUACCGCAUUGAGCAACGCAAGUCAAUGUCGACGAAAACCUCUUCUCAGCUCGCUGAUUAGGCAAGCCUCGUCUGAAUCAGGCGCUAGCCCGAGUUUGGUAUGGGGUAACAUGCUGCACGAAGUCGUCCAAUCCUGUCUCAAAGAGGGACGAUGGGACGAAGGCUUCAUAUCCUCGCUGAUCAACGGUGUCGUCCGGACCCCUUCUGGCCUUAGCAGUCUCGUUACGAUCGGUUGCGACGUCGAAGCGGCGAAGAAAGAGCUCAACGCGAGAGCGGUCGGUAUCAAAGUGUUUGGAGAACGAUACAUACAACAGGGGAAUCCAAGGGAAGACGCCGUGCUCGUCAACACCCGAGCCAAGAACGGUCAGAAGAGUUUGUUGGCCAUCACCGCCCUACACGACGUCGAAGAGGACAUGUGGAGCCCGAGGUGGGGCCUGAAGGGCAAAAUCGAUGCCAGCGUACAAGGCGUUGUCGAGGAGCGUACGGAAUCGCCGUUCACGAAGACCAAGAUGGUAGCCUCGGCGAGCACGAUGACAUCCUCCCCCUUCCCGUUCGAGAUCAAGACGGGUAGGAACGUGGCCGGCAUGGAACAUCGUGCUCAGACCAUGCUUUACACUUUAUUGAUGAGCGAAAGGCGCGCCGUCGAGAGCGGGUUGCUGUACUACACCCAAAGCGAGGAAGUCGUUCGCGUUCCCGCCGGCCGCGCCGAAAUCCGUGCCCUGCUUAGUGUCCGGAACGAGCUGGCUGGAUGGAUGGACAAGCGAGCCAAGGCCAAAGAACGCGACGUGGUGCAAAUCGAGGACGCUGCACGAUUCCUACCAGAGACUAUCGACGACGAGCGGAUAUGCAAGCGCUGCUACGUGUCGGAUGCAUGCAUGCUCUACCGCAGGGCUGUGGAGGACAUCGAGGACGUAUCUUCGCCCAUCGCGGACAUUUACUUUGAAAAGACGGGCCACCUUACCGUCUCCCAUCGCGAAUUCUUCAAGAAAUGGGAGCAACUCAUCUCGCUCGAGGAACGCGACAUCGUGCGGUUCAAGAAGGAACUCUGGAUCAUGGGCGCGCGUGAGCGCGAGGCCAGAGGUCGGUGCUUCGCGGACAUGGUGCUCGACCAUGCAUACGUACCGCCCGCGGCACAGGCACACCAUCGCAUCCACCAGUUCACUUACCGCUUCGUCAAGCAAGGUGGUGAGACAGACGAGGCGGCCUCUCUGCUGAACGGACACAUGGGUGUCGGCGACGCCGUCACGAUCUCUGUGGAGCCCCACCUCCUUGCGCUGUCCCGUGGCUUCAUCGUCGAGCUCACUCCGACAGAGGUCAUCCUCGGUGUGGACCACGAGCUGCACCUGGGGCGCAUCGCGGCCCGCACCCGCACCCCCACUCCGGACGUCCUCUUCCGCAUCGAUCGCGACGAGCUCUUCGGCGGGAUGAGUCGUGUCCGUGAUAACCUCGCGCAUCUGUUCUACCAAGAUGGUGAUAAACGCCGCCUCGGGCUCGUCGUCGAUCUUAAAACGCCGCAGUUCGAUUGGCCGGACGUAGAAGAAGACGACGAGGUGGAGGUGCUGGACGAUGCAUACGCGAAAGCGCUAGAGGGGAUGAACCCGAACCAGCGCGAGGCGAUGGACAAAGUCAUGGCUGCACAGGACUAUGCACUGAUUUUGGGCAUGCCGGGCACCGGGAAGACGACGGUCAUCGUGGCUCUCAUCAAGGAGCUGGUCAGGAGGGGCAAGACGGUGCUAUUGACGUCUUAUACCCAUUCGGCGGUGGACACUAUUCUACUCAAGCUAUUGGAUGCUGAAUUCGGUAUCCUCCGUUUGGGUAACGUUGACAAGGUCCACCGCGAUGUCCACAAAUUCACGCUUGCGGCGAGGAAGGAGGCGAACAGCGUCGAAGAGCUCGAGAAACAGAUGAUGACGCCUCCCGUCGUCGCGACCACGUGUUUGUCGAUCGAACAGUCAGACGCGAAGAAGGGCGGCUUCGACGUCUCAUUGUUCAGGCGCUUGUCCGACGCGCAUCCACACGCCGUAACGGAUCUUGCUUUCCAGUACCGCAUGAACGAAGACAUCAUGACGUUGUCCAACAAACUCAUCUACAGCGACCGCCUCCGGUGCGGGUCCAAAGAGGUCGCGAAGAGAGCUCUGAUUCUGCCUAGGCGCGAACAGCUCACGGCGAUGCACAAAUCGUCGUGCGGGAACUCCACCUGCUGGAUCGAACACCUUUUGGCCGAGAGCUGCAAGGCGGUUUUCGUCGACACAGAUCUAGUACCCGCUCGUGAUUCCAAAGUCGGCGACUUGGUCCAAAACGAGGUCGAAGCAGAACUAGUGUAUCAGACAGUGCGAUCGUUACUCGCCGGGGGUGUACGAGAAGACCAAAUCGGCGUAAUAUCGCUUUACCGCCAGCAAAUCAAGCUCCUCUCGCACCUACUUCAGGAUCAUUCGGGCAUCGAGAUCCUCACCGCUGACCGGAGUCAAGGGAGGGACAAGGACUGCAUCAUCAUUUCGAUGGUGAAAUCGAACGAAUCAGGAGCUGUGGGUGAGCUCGUGAAGGACUGGCGGCGUGUUAACGUGUCCGUCACCCGCGCUCGGUCAAAACUUAUCAUAUUCGGGUCGCGGAGCACGCUUCAGAGCGCUCCGCUGUUGAAUGAGUUCUUUAUGCUCAUGGCCGACCGUAAAUGGAUCUACAAUCUGCCACCUGGCGCACAUCAGAUGCAUCGUUCGCUGAUCCCGCUGACAACCCGCAAACGAUCAUCGAAUGUGGCGUUGCUUUCCGAAGCGGAUCCACAUUCCGAUCGGCAUGAAGCGAAGAGCAACGCCUGCUCACCAAAGCGAGCACGACUGGAUCCGAGAAUUAUCGAUGCCCGACCUCUCCUCAAGGAUCUCGUGAAUGAUAUAUAA